CAUCCUCUCUCUUCCUCUCUUCUCCCUCUCUCUCCCCCCCGGUUCCAUAAUCCAAUACUUCACACCCCUUUAGCACGUCCAUUCGUGUCGCGUCGAGGCCUCUCUCUUUCUUCCCUCCUCCGCCGACACGAAUUCCUCUUCACUUCAAUCACGGUCGUCGCCCUCCGCCCGUGACUUGACUUGAAUUGAUCUAUAUCCAUAUCCACGCUUUCGAGUCGACCCGUGACCCUUGAACUCGGGCGUCUCACAUUGAGGGCUUCAUUCUCAUUGAAUUCUCGAAAACCGUUCCUUUACGCGCGCACAUACGCGCUCCGAUAACCGACACCAUGGCUACUCCAUCCGCAAUCCCCCUCAACGCCCGUCGCGACACCAUCGCCCGCCUCCACCGUGUCACCAGAGGAAACCGCAGUCUCUGGUAUCAGAUGACCGUUCUGCAACAACCAGAGCGUGCCCGUGCUUGCGGUUCUGGAAUGAAGGCCAACAGCGACCGACGACCUGUUGAUCCUCCUCCCGUUGUCGAGCUCCGAAUCAUUGAGGGUCCCACAGUUGAGGAGGGCAAGGAUAUCACUUUCGACUACAACGCCAACUUCUUCCUCUACGCCAGUCUCGAGCAUGCCCGUCCGAUUGCCCAUGGCCGUGUUCAAACUCCCGCCGCCAACAACCCACCCAUCUUGACCGGUGUCCCCGCCUCUGGUAUGGCAUACCUCGACCGCCCUACCGAAGCUGGAUACUUCAUCUUCCCCGACCUGUCUGUUCGCCACGAGGGCCGAUAUCGUCUGACCUUUAGUCUGUUCGAGACAACCAAGGAAGAGAAGGAUUUCGAUCUUGAGCCCACUGAUGGCGAUCUGCCUCCUGGUGUCGACUUCCGAAUGGAGAUCAAGACGGAACCCUUCAGCGUGUUUAGCGCCAAGAAGUUUCCCGGAUUGAUGGAGAGUACUCAGCUCAGCAAGACUGUUGCCGACCAGGGAUGCAGAGUCCGAAUUCGCAGGGACGUCCGUAUGAGGAAGCGCGAUGGAAAGUCUGGUGGUGGCAACGGCGGCAAUGGUGGAUACGACCGACGAGAGGAGGAUUAUGGCCGCCGAAGGACUGUUACACCAGCAGCGGAGGACCCCAACAGUAUUCGAGCCCGAUCUCUUAGCAACUCGAGCGAGCACCGUGCUCCGUAUCAUGAUGCAUCACGCCGGCCGUCGAUCGCCGACUCAUACCCGCCGCCUCCUCCACCUCCGCCUUCAUACGAGCCCGCUUCUUCCGGGUCUCGUCACCUAUCUUUCGGCGACCCUUCUGCGCCGCAAUACCCGACUCCUCGCCAGUAUGCGCCGCAGCCCGGCUUGCAGCUAACCCCAGUUUCGGCCACUGGCCCGUAUCCCCCGUCUGCCCAGUCACCGUACCCCAAGCCCGAGAACUCAUACGCCUUCCCCAACCGGAACCUUCCCCCGACGUGCCCUUCGCCUGCGCCGUCAAUGAAGCAUGACGCCUAUGACCGACGACAAUCCAACAGCACCUACGUUCCCCCCUCACCUUCAGUAUACUCUUCCGAUGGCCACAACCGAAGAGACUCACAACCAUCGUAUCCUCCUACGCCUGCUGCUGUCCAGCCUCCCCGGCCAAUGCACAGCCAGAUCUCCCUGCCCUCGCUCAAGAUUGCUGCGCUGGUUUCGCCGCUGCCUCCCAUCGAGGCACAGACCGACCCUGCUCCCGAGCUGCCGUCAGUAUUGAUUGGAGGUAAGCGCAAGCACGACAGCGUCUUCUCCCAAAGUACAAGGCCUCUGCACAACGGUCAAAGACAGCUUGACCCCCACUAUGGCAACAACCACCGUGGCGUGACACCUGAACCGGAUCAGGGCAUGUACUCUCGAGCUGAUGGCAAGAUUGGCGUCGUUACUUUCAACCAAUACCAGUAAAUACCCAGAUGCACGCGACUUGGGGUGAUGGGAUCAGACGGCUUUGGCUGGUUGGCGCCGCUUUGGCGUUCUGGUGCUGUGUAUUUCUAAUCACCGGGCGACACUUGGAAGAGAUGGGACGCAUGAGCGGUAUGGUUCAGGAGUUCAGGCGCAAGUGAUGUUUCUCUCGGCCUUUGGAACAGGCAGUGCAUCCAUGGGACGAUGACUGGGGAAACCUUUGAGUUCUUUUUGGGACUCAUGAAUAUCUUUGACCACACACAAACCACACAUUCACAACACCACCCUCUUUAACGUUGGAUCGCAGGAAGGACUCGAUCUUUCUAUGACGACGACGCAUAUUCAGAACAAACAACGACGAAACCUGUCAUUUCUUUACGUCACUCAAUUUACUUUACUUUACUCUGGCAUCCUCUUCAGCAAACACAAUAUUUCACACUAUUUAUUCAUCUCCUAUUGGCUAUCUAUCUAUCUACUUGUUUCAUUCCGUCGCAGAGUCAAUUUCACAAACACUUUUCUUUUUACAAAAUACGUUGAUUACCACUGGGUGGCUUGUUCCUGGUUAUGAGGCCACUUGCCCAUGGAUGGAUGGGUACUGGAACAACUAGAGACGUUUCUCCAACGUUGGAGCACAGGGCAGGGUCUCUGUGUAGAAGAUGCUGUGCCGCCUCCGCCGAGUGUCAUUUAUUGUUAUGGAAACUGGAGAUUAUGCUGGGUUUUUACAAAUGGGAUUUUCGUGUCUGGUAUGGAUGGCUAGGUAGUUUUGUUGACAAGGGUUC